AGGAGGCCACUGCUAGCCUGUGACGUCAUACCGGCGGCGUUUCGCCAGCGACAGCAGGGAAAAGAAAUGGUGAAAGUUGCGCUGCAAAUGUUUGGCAGGUGUUCGUGUGGAAGAGUGGCGCAUAUGUGUGAUGCGCUGCCCGAGUGCCUGUGAAACGGUGGGCCCGAUCGAGGCCCGAUGCGAGCGCCUGGAGCCGCGACCGCGUAGGACACGGAGGCCACCACGCCAGCAGUGAGUGGCGCGGCUGCGGCGGCCACACUCACAACAAUGUACGACGACGAACUCGCCAGUGACGCGACUCGGAUAAUGAAGGAUCUCAGCUUGUUCGAGGUGCCCUCGCGUGACCACUUUACGCCGACGGCGACGACUCCCAAGCGCACGGACACUUCGGCGGGUGAGGAAUUCGAGAAGAAACGCGAGAUCUACGCCAACCUCAACUUCAGUAGCAAGUCUUACCCGGACUUCGCGCUGGCCAACGAACACGAGUACGGUCGCAUUCUGUCGCGCGCCGCCAACGCCGCGUCAAGCAGUAGCAGCUACGCCGCGGCAGACGUCCUCGGGAGCCCCAAGCGGUACGUGCCUUCGUGCAAGCGACCGCUCGGAGCCAUCGAGAGCCUCAUCAUCUCGGGUCAGGCGCCGGACACCAAAGAUGUGCCCUUGUACGCCAAGAUCGAUCGCGCCAGCGUGAUCGCCGCCUCAAAGUUCGCGACUCCCAAGACCCCUUCGCCGGCCGAGUUCACGAACGGCCAGCUGGCGGGCCUACCGCCGCCGCCCGAGUAUCCGCGCUGGAGCGGCUCCAAGGCGGCGGCCAAGCUGCCCGGCCAGGACAGCGUCCACUCGAGCCCGCGCAGCAGCUUGAGUUCGUCGAGCCGCGAGUCCCAGCAUUCCAACACGUCGCCGGGUGCCAGCGUCACCGGGGCGCCCAUCUACGAGAACCUGCAGCAGCCCUCGGUCCGGACCCAGAGCGCGUCCCUGCUCAAUGACUACCUCCUGCACCACCGGCAGAGCCCGCGCUCCUCGGUCAGCUCGCAGGACUCGAAGCACUCGAGCCCUCGCGCCAGCGUGGCCCACUGCGACCCGCCGCCGUACCCACAUUCCAAACCUCCCCCCGACUACCCCAUCUACGCCAACCUGCAGGAGUUGCAAUCCGCCGUCAGCCCCGCGUCGGGGUACCUGCCCGGUCAGGACUCUGGCCCGCACUUGCCGCCGCCGCCGUCGGUGCUUUCGUCUCAGCAUGCGGGCAACGGCCUCAUCAAGCCCAGCGCCCAAAAGGCGUAUGGCCCGCGGCCCCCGUACGGGGCCGGCUUCGAGCCGGCCGCCAGCCCCAUGCCGCACGCCUCGCCGUCGGCGUACGGCGCGGCCCUGCGCUACUCGGCGGCCACCAACAGCCUGUCGUGCUCGUACCCAAUCGACAAGCAGGCGGGGCCCCAGGUGUACCAGAUGAACAGUCGGCCGUACGACGCGGCCGCGGCCCUGCCCCAGAAGCCCCAGGUUGCCUGUCCGCAGGUACCCAGCGGCGUGUGCUCCCCAGGGGCCGAGCAGCACAAGGGCCUGCCCCCGCCGCCGCCCUACCCGGGCUACAAGCCCAAUGCCAAGACGCUGCUCCCGUACAACGUGACGCCGCCGAGGCCCAAGGGCCCCACGGAGGCCGAGAAGAAGAUCGAGGCCCUCAUGAAGCAGAUCGAGGACGAGCUCGAGCACAAUCCUCCAGAGGGCGAGUUCUUUGGAAUCUGCCACACGUGUGGGGAGAAGGUCACGGGUGCUGGACAGGCUUGCCAAGCCAUGGGGAACCUGUAUCAUACAAACUGCUUCAUCUGCUGUUCCUGUGGUAGGGCACUCAGGGGGAAAGCCUUCUACAACGUGCAUGGCAAAGUGUAUUGUGAAGAAGACUACCUGUACUCCGGUUUUCAGCAGACUGCAGAGAAAUGUGCUGUCUGCGGCCACCUCAUCAUGGAAAUGAUCUUGCAAGCCAUGGGCAAAUCGUACCACCCUGGCUGCUUCCGGUGCUGCAUCUGCAACGAGUGCUUAGACGGCGUGCCAUUCACAAUUGACAUGGACAACAAGAUCUACUGCGUUAAUGACUAUCACAAGAUGUUUGCACCAAAAUGUGCUGCCUGUGGGAAGGCAAUCACGCCUGUAGAGGGCACGGACGAGACAGUGAGGGUCGUUUCAAUGGACAAAGACUUCCACGUCGACUGCUAUGUUUGUGAGGACUGCAGCAUGCAGUUGACAGAUGAGCCAGACAAGCGCUGCUAUCCCCUGGAAGGGCACCUGCUGUGUCAUGACUGCCACGUGCGUCGCAUGACCAUGAGCCACUCCCCUUCUGCCUUGGGCCUCAGCCAUUCAAUACAGGGUGCACAAGCACAGAUAGUGUGGAAUGGAGCCCAGCUACAUUAACUUCAAUAGCUUCACUCUCAGGGCUGGUCCUUUAGAGGAAAGAAACAACAGAAGUUGCACAGAAGAAAAGCAUCAUAUUCAGGGCGUUCUUCGUAGCAGUGCCAAUUUCACAAGCUUGAACGGUCUUUUACGUCUUGUUACCCCCCCCCCCCCCCCUUUUUUCUUUGUUUGAGUGAAUGAGGACAGGUCUGUGUGCGUGAUUAUACCACUUUGGACUCCAAUGAAUGUGUGGGUAGACAAAAGAGGGAUGCACUGCACUGCAUUCUUUUUUAGUGUAAGCUGUUCUUCAUUGUACAACAGAUUUCUAUAAUUGCUAUGACUCUGCAAAAGGAGCCACAGCAUUUAAGGUGGUGAUGGCUUUGUUUUUCAAAGUGUGACCAUCUUUGCUAUAGUGCAAAAGGAGUGUCGACAAAUGCUGUGAAGAAAGAAUGCAGAAAAUGCUUUUCAAACUGUUUACAUCGUCACAUUUUCAUCUCUUGGAGUGGGAGUGUGGCGUCAGGAACCAGUUGGUUUGUGCAACUAGGAAUAUGCUUUGGUAACAAUUUGGAUAUCUUCAGAUAUGCAUGUGGAUCAUAAACAUAUCAUCUAAGCAUAGAGCACUAGAUUGUCUACAGGUUGAGAGUGGCUCCCAGCCACCUUAUUAUAAAAAAGCAAAAUAGAUUGCUUGGAGAACUUUCUGUUGAUGUCAUAGAUAAUGGGUGGGAAAUUUGCUGCAAUACUCUCAUGGUAUUUGCCCACAAUUUGUUGUUUGUAGAUAGCCAGAGUGAAACUCGGGUGCUCUUUUGGUUAUACUAUAGAAGUUCUACACCGUAUCAAGUAUGCCUGAAGUUGUUUUUCAAGCAAGGGAGCAGUUAUUGCCUUUGGGGGUUUUAGUAUUAAAAAAGCUUCAUAAGGUGUUUUUUUUUUUUUUUUUUUUUUUUGCGUUCAGUACAGCCCAUUUAACUGUGUGCAGUUUUAAGCCACAUUCCAUUGGCAUUUUUACAGCUUACUGCCAUUCACAAGGGCCACUCCAGCCUGGUGGCCAUGUGCUCAACAGUGAACACUUGCAGGUUUACAUAUAGCUAGGCAUUGAGGCCUCACUGGAACUUAUAGAAUUGAAUGAGGCCAUACACAGGCUUCAAGACUUUACCAGAUUAAAGAAAUAUUGUUUAUCGAUGUCGUCACCAAACCCACCUACCUGGCCAUAGAUCUACCUAACUAAGGGCAACAUUUUUACAUUUACCUGGUGUCAUGCUUCAGCAGUUCCAAGUGUUUGAUCUGUCGCACAGUUGAGUCCACAACUUUAAUAUUUCCUCUAGCACUUGGAUAUAUCAAUAUGAAGUCCUGAAAAUCCACCAGGGCUGAGCCAGCCUUCGAUGGUGUGGGAGACCUAGAUUUUAAUUUUCCUAUUCCAACUAGGACAUUGUCUGCAACACUUUCUUGCCUUGUUUGGUUAGUAUAGGGUGUUUCACUGAUGACCAAGAAUAGUAAUAAAAAAAAAGGGGCACCUAAAUGAUUUCUUUGAGAUAACGUUGUCAACCACGGCAGGCGUCAGGCUACGAGUGUGCAGUGAUAAGUAGCAAAAUAAUAACUUAAAAUCCACCGAUUCCCUAUUAAAAUAAAAUCUCCACAGCUGACACAUUCCAAUUAAAGAUAUGUUGCCUGUCGUCGAAAAAUGCCUUGCCUGUUAGGACUCUGACUACUAAAUUCUGCUCCACGCUGUUCUCUUAAAAAUUUAAGCCGUGAGAAGACAGAGAUGCUGAAAACUAUACACAAAAGAGUGGUGGAAGUCUUACCCACAAGCGACAUCAGCCUCUGCAGCGGGCAUGGGUAAGGAGUUGUGCUUGGAGAAUGUGGUCGUGGAAAAUGUGCACCAUACUCUGUUGCCUCCUUAGAUGCGUAGCUUUAAGCACUCCUCCUCCCCCCCCCCCCGCCCCCCAUCUCACCUUAGUUUCACACUGCCGGGCUGUAGACAGCUAAUUGUGCCAGAGGAUAGCGCGGAGCAGAAUGUAACACUAUGUACUCUGAAUUUUAACAGCUAUGGCGCCUUUUGAUGAUGGACAACAAAUUUCCAAUUAAAAUGUGCCAGCUAAAUCGAAUACUGUAAACGACUUAUUUUUUGCGGGCUCAAUAUUUCACAAUUUAGGUUGAAGUUUUGGAAUAAUUCGCAAGUUCUAAUUUUCUCGAUGCUGUGAGAUUUAAAUUAUUGAUUCCAAUGUGUUUACAUUUCACCAAAAUUGUUCGCGGGACCCAUUUUUCGCAAAUUGUAGGCAUUUCGCGAAAUUUAAGUCUUCGCAAAAAUUAAGUCGUUUACACUAUUUCAGAAGUAAAUCAGUAGAUUUUAUGUAAUUGUUUUCUUAAUUAUCACUUAUACUCCCUACCCGGUGUCUGCCACGGUCUGUGAUGUUAUCCCAAAAGGAAUCUUAUUUAGUUCUAGUGCCUUUUUGUUUUUAGUUAUUAAGUUGUCAGUGAAACACUGUGUGUUAUAAAUAGGCUGCAGGUUAGGACAUGAGCUAAAGGGCCACACAGGUUUUGCUCUUCUGUUCCCACUUCACCACAACCAACAUUGGAGGGAAGUGUGAGGAACAAACUGUGCAUCUGCCUUUUCCCAGUAUUGCUUGACUUGCAGAAUUCUGUCAGUUUGCAUUGGUUUUUCAUAUAGGUAGAAUUGAAGGCUUGCAGGAAUGGGAAUAGAAUUACCUGCUGCAAUUUUGAAGGUGGUCAAAGGGCUGAAGUGGUUCUUGGAUGCAACAGUGGUCAUUAGAGGGGUACUCCGGCAAUCUUUGGAGCUACCCCAACUAUAUUUUCGUAAUAACUGGCUUUUACCCCUUCCGGUGUACUAUUUAGUAUUGCGAAAUUCAGAAUAGGUAUUGUGAAAUCUGUUAACGAAAAAGAUGCUAAAACCAACAUUCAAAUAUACUCACUUUUCAGUGCUGUGAAGUCGGGAAGGCAGGCUUGCAGGUCGAUCGGGCAAUCUAAAAAUGGACUGUGUUGAGCAUUUGUUUUAUGCUGGUGCUGGAGAGAGCUUCUAAAGCAUACAUUUGACACCAUGAAACUGCUUGUAAUCAGUUGAGAACAAAUUCUACAGUUCAGCGAAUCCCUGCCUUCUGCUGAAGUCACCUUUACAUUGUUACCCGUAGACUCACUUUGAAAAACACGGUGAGGACAAAAAUUGUAAGUUCAAUAACUGCGAGAGGAAAAGAAAAGUGUGUUUAGCAAGUUUUCAGGCAAAUCAGGGACUAUGCAGAAAACGGCAGAGUACCCCUUCAACAGUGGUUAUCUGGCAAUAAAACUAGCAGGAUAUGUCUUCAGAAUUCUAAGUGCACCUCUUUUUACUGCAUGUGGUAUCGGCUGUCGUAACUGUGAGAGGAAGUGCGAUGGGCUGGAUUUGUCUUCACAUAUCCCCCUUUUCUUCUUCUUUUUUUCAAAAGCCAAUUAAAAAAUAUGAUUAGGUUCUCAAGAAUGGGCAACCUUGCUGACAUCACCACACUAUUACUUUAAACGCGACAUGUGUUGGCAUCAACAGGCAUCUUUUAUGUGCACAUGUCUUGGUCCUCACUCCUGUUGGUAAAUUUUAAGAUUUAUGUUUCGUGGAAAAGUUGUCAGAGUGGCAGUUAUGCACAGAAUAGACGUCCAGCAUACUCCCAUGCUUGUGUGCACAUUUAAGUAAAGCAGCAUUCUUCCCCCGGUGUAAAGCAGUUUCCAGUAAAAACGGGUUUCUUCCGGUUUCACAAGCAUGUGAACAUUGUGGCAUAGAAUUCAAAAGUACUCGAGUGUUUGAAAUUGCAGCAAGAACUUUCUGAAUGAGACAAUGCAACUUUGGUUGCGGGAGCCCUGCAAAGCUGUGCUGAAGCAUUGUUCCGCCUUCCCCGAGCGUGCCGCUCAGGAAAAACGCCCAAGCUUUCUUUUUAAGAUGGCAAUUUGUGCAGCCACAUUUUUCUAACAUGCCCUUACAUUUCUAUUUCGUGGCAGCUUCUCCACAUUACAAUUUUAUUUUUCUUUCAAAUUUGGGCUUUUCUUACACAGGUCCCACCAGAAUUGUUUUUAAAGACACGGUUGUAGCUGGUUUUGUCUGCCUCAGUGUUUGUGUGUAUGUGUGCAUCCUUUUUACUGCGUGUAUGCACAUACAAAGCCAAGUUUGAGUUGUGGUCGACGCUUUCCCAGGUGGCUGUUGCAAUACUCUUAUGCCCACACACAUUCAGGUUUUACAAAUAGUGCAAGCAUGCUUGAUGUGCAGGGCCUGAACUCCAGUUUAGAAAAGUCUUCCCACAGCAAGCUUCCUUUUGACAGCUAUAGCAUCUUUCAGCAUUCCAGUGAUCAUUGCAACCUUGAGCAAGAGGAGGAUUCGCAUGCAGCAUAGAGGGCACCAUAGCUUCAGGUCUUGGCAGGACAGCUAUUUGUAUUUACUGGGUAAAACAAUGCCAGAUACGGUGAUGGUAAACACUUGCCUGUCAGAUUGCCCAAGGCACCUCGUUGCACCUCCACUCUUGGCAAAGUCUCGCUUGACUAGCAUGGACACGAAAGGCAUAUUGCUGUGCUAAGAAUAGUUUGCACUUCAGAAACUCUUGCUAGUUACCAAGCUCUCUCCUAGCUUCAUUUUUAUUUAUCUGUAUUUAGAGCAAUGAUGUGAUCUGUGAUGAGGUUUAUGAAAGCAUAGGGUUUUAACUUAUCCAACUUGUUCUGUGGAGUGUUUGAUGCCAAGUUUCAUCCAAUGAGGCAGGUUCACCUUCCAAUAGGAAAAAUUGCUUUAACAGUUCUCCUUUAACCGAGGUUCUUGAUGUCAAACAGCUGCAGGGCAAGUUGCCUCUCAAAACUGCCUUAUUCAGUGAGGUCUGUUGCAAAACGUUCUAUUUUUUGUUAGCUACAUGUAAUUAUCAUUCCCAGCACAAGUAGUAGUGUUGCACACUGUAAGAUAUUCACACAGCGUUUUGUUUCUUUUGUACUCAACUUGACAAGUUGGCACAGCUGAGAGCUCUGCCAGACACAGGCGCUUGCUUUUAUUUAUUACACCUAUUAAUUGCAUGCAAGCCUGAACUUCAAUGUCCAUUGGAGAAGUUUUGAAGUGUGGGGACAAAGAAAAUGUUUUGCAUGCACAGGCAAGGUUUCUGGGAUGUAAGGCUUGUCAUGGUAAAACGUCUGGGAUAUACCAAAUGUGGCUGCAGAUUUACUAUAUACGUUUAUAUAUUAUACAAAUCUUACGGCGAGUGUACAGCACUCCCACAUUUUGAGGCAUAUAAGUGAUUUGUACAUUUCAAUACAAGCGAGUCGCAUUCUUUCAUUUUGCAAGACGGCGGCAUAAAGCCCCUUUUUUUAAUGUACAGUUUAUGGACAAAUAAAUAAACUUGUGCUAAUUGUAAA